UCACAUCGUCAUCGUCACAUCCAAACAGAAGCGAGUCGCUCUAAUAUUUACCAUUGGCUAUAAUUACCCAUUAUUAUUAGUAUACACCAAAAUAUCUCAUCCAAACAGAAGCAAAAUACACACCAGGCCUUUACAUACUGUCUUUCUUAUCUGCUGCUAUCGAUCGGCCGCAGGCAUAUAUAGAAAUCUGGCAUAAAAUUCGGAAGUAGCAGCAGGGCAUGGUGAAAAAGCGGGACAGCAUUCAUCCGUCCAGAUUUUUUGGAAAACUCCCCAAAUUUCGAAAGCAUUUGCUGGCGUUAGCUCAGCAAGAAUUUGCCUGAGGAGUCGAACCCUAGGCAGCGAGAUUAGUGCGGGCAUUUAUCAUCUAGGGCUAGAGGUAGCUAUUGAUAACAUGGGGGUAAAGGUUGCACUACGCUUGAACGGAGGGAAUACGGAGGGGGCUAAGGGUUCGAAUCCUGAUCAAGAUCUUCAGUCCGUUCAGAACUCUGGAGCGUCUACGAACAAAGUAGUUGAAAAAAGUAGACGUGGCAAGGGCACGGAGAAGAGCGUGCUGGAUGACAUAAUGAGUGAUCCAGAUGACUUUGGGGACCUUGGGGACUUGGACGCGGGAUCCGAGAGCGAUGGCGGUCGAUGGGAAGAUACUUUCAAAAUGACAGUGGAUGAUGAACCGGAUGCAUUAGCUGCAGUGGCUACAUCAGAUUGUAUUGACAAAAAGGAUAUAGGGAAGGAUUCUCCUGAUGGAACCCCCAAGGAAAACGCUUCAAUGGUUGAUUCAUCUCUAACCGACUGCAAGCAGGAACCGGAUGCAUUUGAAGAGCCAGGAAGUUCAAGCCAUAAAGGAUAUGAGAAACAGCAUCAGAAAAGUAGUCAAGGGAAAGUUAAGCAUCUGUGUCAUGUAGUGGUCAAUGCUAAUUCUUCAGAAGAGGUUAAACUGCAUUCAACUAGAUUUUUCAUAAUUAAGAGUCUGAACCAUCGUAAUUUGGAGAUGUCAAUUGAGAAGGGCAUCUGGGCAACUCAAGUGAUGAAUGAACCUAUUUUAGAGGAAGCUUUCCACAAAGCAGAGAGAGUUAUCUUAAUCUUUAGUGUCAAUAUGAGUGGAUACUUCCAAGGAUAUGCUCAAAUGAUGUCUCCAGUUGGUUGUAAGAGAACUAAUGUUUGGAGUGAAUCUAAUAGUGGGUCAAAUCCAUGGGGACGCACUUUUAAGGUGAAGUGGCUCCGCCUUUAUAAUUUACCAUUUCAGAAGACGGUCCACCUGAAGAACCCGUUGAAUGAAUACAAACCAGUCAAGAUCAGUAGAGACUGUCAGGAGCUGACGCAAGAAAUUGGGGAAGCACUUUGCAGUCUUAUAGAUGAUGGGAAUGAAUUAGAGGGAAAACAGAAGUGCAGGAUAGCUGUUCAUGAUGGCCCUCCUACAAAAAGACUUCACAGGGACUAUGCCAAUGCUAUGUCAGAUGGAAAAUGCAUGUCAGGGAUUCCAUCUCAGGUCAAUUGGCCAUUAACGCCUAUGAUGUAUCCAUGUACACAGUAUCCACCAGUUAUGUCACUUGAGCAAUACAAUCUUCCUGGAGGCAUGGUGUCAAAUAUUGUUAGCAGCCAUUUGGAAGAACCAAAAGAUUCCAGAUCGAAGUCACCACUUGCACCAGAGAAGAGUACUGAUAGGCGCAGAGAUAGAGAAAGGUCCUCAGGAGCUGAUGGAAAGAAAGAACGAUCACGUUCUGGGGGAAAUUCAAAGCAUGGUGGUGGUAAUCUAGCUGAGGAAGAUCUGUUACAUAUGACAUAUGAAGAAUACCUUCAAGUCCAUGGGAAAAUGAUCGAGUUUGGUGGCUGCCAGCAGACUCCUGGAGGAUGGAUGGCUAAUGGUGCAGAGGUUAACUUCCCAGCUGAUCAAUAUGCAAACUACUUGGCAAAUUGGUACCGCAAUCAAAAUCCUAUGAUGACAAGCAAUGCAUACUAUGGUGCUCAACAAAUAAUAAACACUUAUCCUACACUCCGACAUCCUUAGAAUGUGAGGUUCAGUUGUCGAUGAUUGGGUUUCUUCUUUUUGCAGAAGUUAACAGAGAUGAAUGUUUUUUUUUGUGGAAGGCUGCAACUUUUUUGCUUUUCACACAUAAAUAUGUUGUAAUCUGCUAUAUCUUAGCAUGGAUGCCUUUCAUAGGCAUAUAUAUUAUAAUUUUCUAUCAUGUACAUUGAAAAUUAAUUUUGGGACAGAUUUUGCUUUGACUUGUUGGUUAUGGCUGAUGCUCUCCACUAAUUUUCUUAGCGUACUUUUAGCCGAAGUUGUAAAAUAUCAUUUUUUUGUAAUCCCAUGUUAAAGGGAUUCUGAACUAACUCCAUUUUUUUGAGGAAUUGGUAUAUAGAGGAACACAAAUUAUUAGUC